AUGGGUGACCUUCUCAACAAUCGAAGGCAACCGCAAGUCGACCGAAAAGAUAACGAACGUAACAGUGUGGUAGACAGAGAGAACGCAGAGAAGCUGACAGAUAACAGAAUUGCGAAUACAAUAAGUAAAGGAAGCCUACUACGACGCGGACCCGGAUACGCGGAUUCGAGCGACGCUGCACGGGAGACGAUGGGCAGCUGGCGGCAACGCUUGCACUUCCACUCAAUUUCGAGGGUUAACCCUGAAAGGAGUACGGAUAGAACAACUGAACUUCAUUUUACACCGGAAACGAUUCUUAUCAAGAUAGAUGAUUGA